UGCUGCUAGUGUUUGGCGUUCUCUUGUGUAGCGAUCGAUUGCUACUGCCUGAGUCGUCUGAUGUAAAGAUGGAUGCCUUCCGAUAUAGCCCCGUCUUGGCCAAUGCAUGCUGCUUUACAGCAUGAACACAGAAGUGUGGGCUCAUCUUCUAAUUCUGGCAAAUGAAAAUGGAUGAGAUUUCGAUGUCCAGCCUGGACAACAGCAAGCUGGAGGGCGUAGCUCAGGACAUCCUUUCUGACCUGGUGGAGGAUGCUUGUCUGGGCCUGUGCUUUGAGGUACACCGGGCCGUUAAGCAGGGCUACUUUUUCCUGGAAGACACGGACCAAGAAACCAUGAGGGACUUUGAAAUUGUGGACCAGCCAGGAGUGGAUGUGUUCGGGCAGGUGUACAACCAGUGGAAGAACAAGGAGUGUGUCUGUCCCAACUGCAGCCGGAGCAUCGCUGCGUCGCGCUUCGCCCCUCACUUGGAGAAAUGCCUGGGCAUGGGGCGCAAUAGCAGCCGCAUAGCCAACCGCAGAAUAGUCACCGGCAACAACACUAACAAUAAAUCAGAGAGCGACCAGGAGGAUAAUGAUGACGUCAAUGAUAACGACUGGUCCUAUGGGGCGGAAAAGAAAGCGAAGAAGAGAAAAUCAGAUAAGAAUCCAAACUCACCCAGGAGAUCCAAAUCAUUUAAACAUAAGAGUGGUAUGAUGGGCCCCAGACGGCGUAUGGACAACCAGGAGAGCCCACGCAUGCUGAUGAAAGAUGAGGCCUUCCCUCAGUGACAGACACACAGGAAGACCAUUCAGAGUCCACCCUGGCUCCUUUUGUUUUUCAAUGGACCGUGACAGAUGUGUAGUAGACUAUUUCUAAAUGGGUCGUGUUCAUUAAGCACCACACUGAACAAAACUGACUGAUACAGGGAGGUAGUGACUGAACUUCUCCAAUAAGAAAUGCUUGUUUGUUUUUUCCAUUGUGAAACGUUUUAAAAUGUUUUGUUACUGUGUGCCCUAAUGAACACAACACUGCUGAAGCAGUCCAGAGACCCCCUGCACAGUGUGUCUCCUCCGUUUUUUUCCCCCCUCACCGAAUCGUUGCACCAAUAAUCAUUAUUUUAUAUCAUACAUUAUUUUAUCGAUAGGUAGCUCUUGGCUGGCAUCUUUAUGAAAUAUUGUGUUAGAAUCUGUCAAUGCACAGACAAGGAGUGAGGUCGUACAGUGGCUAGGCAGAGGCAGUCGAGGUCAGAGCAAUGGAUACCAAGGACCAUUUGAUUAUGCACUGACAUUUUGAUGAUAUUAUCAGUCAAGAAGUCUUUUCAACUAUCAUUUUUUUGACAAGAACAUAAUUAUGGACAAAUGGACAGUUAAAAUCAGAAGUCACACAACUUACAGACAAUAAUAAUUAAUGGUUUGUCAUUUUAUUACUCCAUAUUCACAAUGUCAACAUCAUGAUUCUCCUACUGAUGAGUAUGCUGAAAGGACUCCCGUCACUUGUCAUUCACCUGUGGAAAUAGGUUUUGAAAUAAACUGCAAACUCCUUGCAGUAGAACAUGGGUUAAUCUGUUUCAUUGUAGAUGAGUAGUUAGUUAGGCUUGUUUUCUAGCAUUCAAAACAUUCUUUAUUAUUUGUUUACAUUGUAAAGGGUUAUAUGUGUCCUCAGUGUUGUGAUAGUGUAAAUAUUUAAAUAGUUGAAAUGCUGCUAUCAUGGCUUUGUAUUUGUUCAUCUGUCAAGUAAUAAACGAUUGUCAUCUGUC